AAAUCAAAAUUUAUGAAUGGUUGUUAUUGUGGACGCAAAGUUCUUUGAUUUUUUUUAACAACAGUGCGAAAAUUGUGAAAUAAUUUCAUAAUAUAAUAAUUAUUAUUAUGUCUAACAUUGUUUAGUUUAACUCCAUCAACUACGCGACAAUUGAAGUGCAUUUGAAUUUGCACACGCAACGAAGAAACCAUGAAAUACUCCACCUCUCCCUUACCGUCGCGAAGCAACAGUGCCUCGCUGCUGGGGAUGUCGUCAUCGCGGCCAACAUCACCGCUGCCUGCACCGGCCAACUACCGGAACGAUUGCAUGAGCGCUACCAACAAAAGCUAUAAGUAUCUUCGACGGUUUGUCAAAUUCGACCAGAUGGACUUUGAAUUCGCGUUAUGGCAGAUGCUGUACUUGUUCAUAGCGCCAAAGAAGGUGUACCGGAACUUUAACUAUCGGAAGCAAACUAAAUUCCAGUUUGCUCGAGACGAUCCCGCUUUCCUGGUGCUAUUGGUGGGAUGCCUUUGCGUGACUUCAAUUGGCUUUGCAUGGGUAUUAAACUUAGGAUUUGGACAAAGCCUAGUGUUCUUGCUGUACGUGGUAUUCGUGGAUUGCAUUCUCUGCGGUAUGGUCGUGGCAACAUUGCUGUGGUUCGUCACAAACCGUUAUUUGCGUGAUCGCGCAUCGGAUAUCGACGUUGAGUGGGGCUAUGCAUUCGAUGUGCAUUUGAAUGCAUUCUUCCCGCCCUUAAUUCUGUUACACUUCAUCCAGCUCUUCUUCUAUCAUCCCCUGAUCAGCCAGGAUUGGUUCACAUCGACGUUCAUUGGAAACACGAUCUGGUUAGCUGCGCUUAGUUACUAUAUUUAUAUUACGUUUCUGGGCUACAACGUAGUACCCAAUUUAAGAAAUACCCGAAUAAUUUUGGUUACACUUCCCCUGGUCCUUCUAUUUUACGUAAUAACUUUAAUAAUUCGAUGGAAUUUGAGUGUUUCGUUAAUGUAUUUCUAUCAUUACAGAGUUCUUUAGAAGCGAGUUAGCAAUAAAAUGCAUAUAAACAUA